AUGGCACGGCCGGUUAAGAGGCAAGUAGUACAAGUAGUACAAGUAGCAGAGGAGAUUAAGGAGGAACACCUUUUGGCUUUCAUUCUGAAGGAGAAAUAUAAAGAUGACGCUGAAUGCAAAAAAAUUCUCAAGGAAUAUUGCGAUGAUUUGAAGAAAGUAGAUGCUGAAUUCAAAGUGAAUGAUAAAGUUAAAGGACUUUGUGGUGGUGAUGAUACAAAACGAAACGAAAAAUGCACAGGCCUGAAAGCCAAAGUUGAAAAAGUAUUGAAAACUUUUGAAGAUGAACUUGAAACUGCAUUGGUAGAGAUAAAUGAAGAAGAAUGUAAAAAACAUGAAGAAAAAUGUAUACUUUUAGAAGAGACGAAUCAUGAAGAUAUUAAGGAGAAGUGUGUCGAGUUGAGGGAAGGAUGUUACAAAUUGAAGCGUGAAAAGGUGGCAGAGGAUCUUCUUUUGAGGGCGCUCGGAAAGGAUGUUAAAAAUGGUGAAUGUGAAAAAAAGAUGAAAGAUGUUUGCUCAGUGUUAAGCCGAGAAAGCGACGAAUUGAUGUCUUUUUGCCUUGAUUCUGCUAAAACGUGUGGAGAGCUGAAAACAAAAUUGGAUACUGUUUGCGAGGCUUUAAAAACAAAAUUGGCGAAAGAUUUCGAAAAAGAUUGUCAUGAAAGACUUGAGAAAUGUCAUUUUUACGGAGAAGCGUGUACUGAAACAAAGUGCGAGGAGGAUAAGACGAAAUGUGAGAAAGAAGGAGUCAUAUAUAAAGCGCCGGAAUCUGAUUCUAGUCCGGUGAAGCCGAGGGCGUCGUUGUUGAGAAGUAUUGGGUUCGAUGAUGUCUAUAAAAGAGCUGAAAAAGAAGGAAUUCUUAUUGGAAAAGUAGGCGUAGAUCUACCAAGAAGGUUUGGUGAUGAUUUUCUGCAAGAUCUCUUACUACUCUUGGGCGAAGAUGAGGGUGAUGCAGGGAAGAAUGAUGAUGCGCAAAAGAAAUGCGAAAAAGCGUUAAAAAAAUGUGAAACUUCUAAGCAUUUGGAUCAUGAUUUGGAAAAGUUAUGCAAAGAUGAAAAGAAUAAACAAGAGAAAUGCAAAGAAUUACUAGAUGUAAAUGUAAAAGAAAGAUGUACAAAUCUCAAAUUAAAUCUUUAUCUGAAAGAUUUGUCUACAAAAUAUGAAAAAGCUGAUUCAGAUCUUUUAUUCUGGAGACAACUGCCAACAUUAUUUACAAAGGGAGAGUGUACAGAACUUGAGUCGGAAUGUUUUUAUUUAAAAAAGGCGUGUAAUAAGGAGAUUGAUCAGGCGUGUCAAAAUGCACGAGCAGCGUGCUAUAAAAAAGGACAAUAUAGGAUGUUGAAUAUGCUCUUUCGAGAGGGGUUGAAGGAGAAGCCUGAUAAUAUAAAAUACUAUGAUGAGAAUCCUCAAAAAUGUCAAGAAUUUGUGGUAGGAAGCUGUACAAAACUUAAAAAAUAUCUUCCACAAUGUCUUUACCCUAAAGAACUAUGUUAUGCGGUUUCAGAUGAUAUUUUUCUUCAAUCCAAAGAGUUAGGUGUGCUUUUGGAUGAUCGGAGAGAUUUUCCAUUUGAAAAGGAUUGUCUUGAGUUGGAGGAGAAGUGUGCUCAACUUGAAACUUAUUCAAAUUCGAAUUCUCAAAAGUGUAUAACAUUGAGAAGGCGCUGUAAAUACUUAAGAGUUUCAGAGGGAUUUAGAAAGGUAUUUUUAAAAAGAGAAGAUGAUUCGUUAAACAAAGAAAACUGUACGAAGGCAUUGCAAGAAAAAUGUGAUGCUUUAUCUAGGAAAAGGAGGAAUCCAUUUGGGUUUUCAUGUGCUUUGCUAGAAGAAACAUGUGAAUAUAUGGUAGCCCGUACAAAAGAUGAAUGUUUUUAUUUAAAAGACAACAUGGAGAGUAAAGCAAUUCUACAAGAAAUUGAAAAAGCAAAUAAAAAUGAAACAACACUUGAAGAACUCUGCACAACAUGGGGCCGACAUUGUCACCAACUUAUGGAGAAUUGUCCGGAUGACUUGAAAAAAAAAGAGGAGAAAGAUCAUAACUGUCUAAAACUUGAAGAAGAAUGCAGUGAAACCUUUAAAAAGUUGAAAUCGAAGGAUAAGCUGACUCAUCUGUUGAAAGGCAGUUUAAACAAGAAAGAAAAAUGUAAAGAAACAUUAGGAAAAGAUUGCACUGAGUUGAAAAAGAAUGAUACAUUCAAAAUUCUUCUUGGUGAAUGUAAAUCUGAUACCACGGAAAAUGUUUGCGAAAAAUUAGUUGAUAAACUACAGAAGAGAUGUCCUACUUUAAAAACCGAUCUGGAGAAUGCGAAAAAAGAGUUGACAAAGAUGAAGAAUGAGUACGAUGAGCUCAAACAGGCGGCAGAAAAAUCUACAGAGGCAGCUAAGUUAUUGCUAUCAAGACCUAGACAAACUGUAAUGCCAAGUGCGCAGAAUGGCAGUGCUUCUGGACCAGCACCAGCACCAGCAGGAUCAGAGUCGUCAUCAGCAUCAGGGCCACUACCACCAUCACCACCACAAGAUGGAACAUCAGACACACCAAAUGGAAAGCCAGGUGCACCAGGUGGAACGACAGACGCAUCAGGUAAAACGCCAAGCACAGGAGAUGGAACACCAGGCACAUCAGGUAGUGGAACGCCAAACUAUGUAAAAUUUGGACUCGUUAAAAGAGCAUAUGUAGCUGAAGGAGUAUCAGAAGCAGAGGUCAAAGCAUUUGAUGCAACGACGAUAGCAUUGGAAUUGUAUUUGGAAUUGAAAGAGGAAUGCAGCGCUUUACAACUAGAUUGCAGUUUUAGAGAUGAUUGUUCAGAUCUUCAAGUUUGUGGAGAAAUAGACACGUUAUGCGGAGGAAUAAAACCAUUAGAAAUUAAGCCUCAUCAUACAGAGACGCAAAAAGAAAUCUCAACCACUACGACGACCACUACGACGACUACUACCACGACUACUACCACGACUACGACGACAACAACUACUACAACCAAGCAGGGAAGUGGAGGAAAAGUAACAGAAGAGUGUACAAUGAUACAAACAACAGAUACAUGGGUGACAAGUACAUCAUUGCAUACGAGUACGACAACGAGUACGUCAACGGUGACAUCGACAGUGACAUUGACGUCGAUGCGCAAGUGCAAACCUACCAAAUGUACCACCGAUUCAAGCAGAGAGACAGAAGAAGGAGGAAAAGAAGAAGAAGAAGUGAAACCGAAUGAUGGGAUGAAAAUAAGAGUUCCUGAUAUGAUUAAAAUAAUGUUGUUGGGAGUGAUUGUUAUGGGGAUGAUGUAA